CAAGAUGCCCAUGCAGUAUAUAAGUGGUGGGUUUGAAAUGCACUUUGUUUACUAACUCGCAUUUUCCACAUAUUCCACACUUUGGCGAGCAACGCUAAAUCCAAGUACUAAAGCACAAUGUCGAAUCAGAAGAGAAUCGGACUGAUCGGAUUGUCAGCCAAAGGCUCCUGGGCAUCUCGAUCCCAUCUACCUUAUCUUCAAUCGACAUCACUCUACAAAAUCACUGCUCUUCAAAACAGCUCGAAGGCAUCUGCUGAAGCUGCCGCGAAAGAAUACUCUUUGAAUGAUGUAGCAAGAUACGCAGAGCCCUCUGACAUUGCUUCCGAUUCCAACGUCGACAUUGUAGCUGUUAGCGUCAAUGUUCCCGAGCACUACGCCCUUACCAAGCCUGCUCUGGAAGCAGGUAAGGAUGUGUUCGUCGAGUGGCCGCUGGCUCGAAAUCUUGCUGAGGCCGAGGAGCUCACUCAAUUGGCGAAAGAGAAGGGUGUCAGGACCAUGAUCGGCUUGCAGGCACGCCAUAAUCCAUCUGUCAUCAAGGCUAAAGAGAUUGUGGAAUCUGGAAAGCUCGGCAAGAUCUUGAUGAGUACCAUGUAUGGACAUGGUGUGAUCUUUGGCCCUACCGUACAUGAGGGUUUUCUGUACGGUCUGCCGGUUGAGGCAGGCGCGAACUUGCUCACUGUACCUCUCGGCCAUGCAAUCGACGCGCUGUGCUACGUUCUGGGUGAGAUGAAGAGUAUCACAGCCACCCUCGCAAAUCUUCUGCCUGAGCUCGACCUACUCGGCAAAGAUGGCAAGCCAGCAGGCAAGGUCAAGAAGACCGCACACGAUCACGUCAGCGUUACCGGAGAGCUGAUCGAUGGCGGUGGUGUUGUGAACGUCACAUAUGCUGGUGGAUCCUCGCGUAGCAAUCGCGAUUUCAUCUGGGAGAUCGUGGGAACGGAAGGUACACUUGUACUUGAAGGCCCUAAGAUGGGUGGGCAUGUUCAGAUGUUCCAGCCCACGAUCAAGCUCGCAAUGUCCACAUCAUCAGACAAGGGAGAACAUCUUGAAUCUGUCGAGGUUGAACAGGCAGCCGACUUUUCGUUCAACGUGGGUAAGGCAUGGGAUGCCUGGGCCGGUGUUGGGCUUGACAAAGGUCACAGCGUCACGACGUUCGAAGACGCCCUUUUGAGGCAUAAGAUGAUCGAUGCCAUAUACAGAAGUGCGGAAACAGGUGCAAAGCAGAACUAUGUAUAGGUAUAGUAGUGUAGGAUAAACGGCGGACUGCCUCGGGAUGUGAGCCAAGAAUUCCACGCAACAGCAAAGUAGGGAACUGCAAGAACACUCCAUAGAAUACUGUUUUGCCUGUAAUAUCAGCAACGUUUGAACAGGGUUUAUCUUUAA